AUGGAUGAAGAAGACGAACAUUCUCCAAUUGAGUUUUAUUAUCCUGAAGAUCUAGAAACUUUUGAUGUAGAAACUGAAGCAGGCAUCACCGAAAGCCAGGAGGCCAUAGACGAUUUUAUCAACCAACAGAAAAGUACAAACACAAACAAGAAGACGGCUACUGAUAUGGACACUCUUCUCCGCUACAUGGAAGCUAAUGGUAUGAAAAAUGAGAAAAUUGAAAGCUUACCUGCGUCCGAGCUUGACUUCCUUUUGUGGAAUUUUUUUUUGAACGCACGCAAGAAAAAUGGAGAAGAGUACGAGCCAGCAACAGUUUCCAGUUUUCAGCGUAGUAUACAGCGAUACUUAAGUGAGAAGAAAUAUCCAUUUAACAUACUCAAGGACAAUGAGUUCGAAAAAUCUAGAAAAGUCCUUGCAGCGAAGCGAAAGUCACUUGUUCACGAGCACGGCAAAGGAAACAAACCGCCAGCUGCUCAGGCUAUCGACGAAGACCAAGAGGAUACCCUUUUUGAAGCAGGAGAAUUCGGCGACUCCAAUCCAGUUUCACUUCAAAGAACUAUGUGGUGGUUUUUAUCCCUACACUCUGUUUCCGAGCAAGAGACGAAAGUCGUAAGUUGCGCUGGGGUGACGUUCAGCUUCAACAGCAGAAUGAUGGCCAAGAAGUCUUGGUUUGGUUGGCCGAGCGAGGCACAAAGACCCGACAUGGUCAGGAGAGAGGACACCAAAGAGCGUUCCAACCAAAGAUUUAUGCCACCAGCACAGCGAGAUGUCCUGUCUGUUUUUACAAAAAAUUCCGCAGUCACCGGCCAGUGGAAAUGAACGCACCAGAAUCACCGUUUUACUUAGCAGUCCGCCAUAAUCGACGAUCAAAUGAAGAAGUUUGGUAUAUGAAGGCACCCCUCGGAAAAAAUGAGAUAGGCAAGUUUCUGUCCACUGCAGCGAAGAAUGCUGGCCUUCACAGAGAGGGAAAAUCAUUCUGUCAGGAAAACCUGUAUUUCGAGGCUCCUUGAUGCUGAUGUUCCAGAGAACUUUGUAGCCCAACUGAGUGGCCACAAAAGCACGGAGAGUUUACAGUCCUACAAAUCUGCCAGUGCUAAACACCAAAAGAGGAUGUCCUUGACCCUCAGCAGAGCUGAUGUUUCUGGAUCCAGAGAUGAAGCGUUAUCAAGUGUCCAUAAUCAAGGGUUUGAAGUAGUAACUCGCUCGACUACAGACAUCGCUGCAAGUUCGACAACAACUACAUUGAUUGAUCAGUCAAGCGAUCCGUUACUGUCUUCCACCGCUCCAAUUUUUACAGGUGCAAACAUAGGAUCCAUCAGUGGGUGCACAUUCCAAAUAUUUCACGGCAAUGUGAAAAUUGUC